AAAAAAUAACAAAAGAAAAACUAAAACAGUGUUCUUCUUUGACUGUCACCAGCGCAUUAUAGUACACACCACACAAAAAGCAGAAGCACUGUUUUGCUCACACAAUUCCAUAAAGAAGAACCCCUCAGUCCUCACACAUCCAUCUUAACUCUAACCUUCACACUCACGUCCCUUCUUCCCUUUUCUUUUCCUCACACACUUCAUGUUACCAAAGUUUUAUGUAUUUGGAUCGGCUUUACUAUUUCCCGUUCGAUUAUGCUGUUGAUGUUUACGAAGAUCUUUCGGUUCAUUUGUUUGGAGGUUAGUGAGUGAGUUCUAACUUCUCAGCUGUUAAAAUAGCAAGGAAGGCCAAAGUUUGGUGUAAGAUGGCGUCGGUUGGUGUGGCACCAACAUCAAGCUUGAGAGAAUCCAGUGUUGUUGAUAGAUUGCCAGAGGAGAUGAAUGAUAUGAAAAUUAGGGAUGAUAAAGAAAUGGAAGCCACGGUUGUUGAUGGUAACGGAACGGAGACGGGACAUAUCAUUGUUACUACCAUUGGGGGUAGAAACGGUCAGCCGAAGCAGACUAUAAGUUAUAUGGCAGAGCGGGUUGUUGGGCAUGGAUCAUUUGGGGUUGUCUUCCAGGCUAAAUGCUUGGAGACUGGUGAAACUGUGGCUAUCAAAAAGGUUCUUCAAGACAAGAGGUAUAAAAACCGGGAGCUGCAAACAAUGCGCCUUCUUGACCACCCAAAUGUUGUCUCUUUGAAGCAUUGUUUCUUUUCAACCACCGAAAAGGAUGAACUAUACCUUAAUUUGGUACUUGAGUAUGUUCCUGAAACAGUUAAUCGUGUGAUCAAACAUUACAACAAGUUGAACCAACGUAUGCCACUGAUAUAUGUGAAACUCUAUACAUAUCAGAUCUUUAGGGCACUAUCUUAUAUUCACCGUUGUAUUGGAGUCUGCCAUCGAGACAUUAAGCCUCAAAAUCUAUUAGUUAAUCCACAUACCCACCAGGUUAAAUUAUGCGACUUUGGAAGUGCAAAAGUCUUGGUUAAAGGCGAACCAAAUAUAUCAUACAUAUGUUCUAGAUAUUAUAGAGCACCUGAGCUUAUAUUUGGAGCAACUGAAUAUACUACAGCUAUUGAUGUUUGGUCAGUUGGUUGUGUGUUGGCUGAGCUUCUGCUUGGGCAGCCUUUAUUCCCUGGCGAGAGUGGAGUUGAUCAGCUGGUUGAGAUCAUCAAGGUUCUGGGUACUCCAACAAGGGAAGAGAUCAAGUGCAUGAAUCCUAACUAUACAGAAUUUAAAUUCCCACAGAUUAAGGCACAUCCAUGGCACAAGAUCUUUCAUAAGCGCAUGCCCCCAGAAGCUGUUGAUUUGGUAUCAAGACUGCUACAAUACUCCCCUAACUUGCGGUGCUCAGCUUUAGAUGCCUUGACCCAUCCUUUCUUUGAUGAACUUCGUGAUCCAAACACGCGCUUGCCAAAUGGUCGUUUCCUUCCACCAUUGUUCAAUUUCAAAUCUCAUGAACUGAAAGGAGUCCCUGUUGAGAUUUUGGUGAAAUUGAUUCCAGAUCAUGCGAGGAAGCAAUGCCCGUUUCUUGGCUUGUGAUGUUGUGAAAUGGAACAAAACUGCAAAAGUCGUUUCCAUAUGAAUGGUCCGUGUUUCCCCUAUUUAUGAAAUGAAAUUUGUUCCUCUAUGUAUCCUUGUUGUGUUUCGGUGCCUUGUAAAAACAGAUUUAGAGAUAUAUGAUACUCAACAUUACCCAACCCUCGAUGGGUAUUCAGAAGAAAACUGUCUACUGUUUAACAGCAUACUGUAACAUCGAAUAGAAGACGAGUGUCGUGUUAAAUUGGUAUUGGUAUUUGUGAAUACAGUGAUGGGUGGUUGGCUAAUUUAGUUAUGCUCUGCACGGUGAUCUCAAUUUUGUAUUUUGUGUGGCUAAUCUUUAAUGAAAUAAUUUGACAACAUUAAGCUGCACGCCCCUCCUGGGGAGGAUAUUGCUAAGUACAAUUCUGUCUAAACUUAUUAUUUUAUAUUUUGUGAUCUUAACUACUUUUGUAUUUUCUUUUCAAACUCUUUUGUCUGGGUUUUCGUACUCAGUUUGAAUUUUACUGACAACAAGGUGCAACUGUGCAAGUAUUGUACUAGAACAUAGUUAGCAUAUGCUGACAGGUGCUUGCAGCAAAGCGCAGGGGUCGAAAACACCAAUGGGAGAAACGGCAGGUGGUUGUUCUGAUGAACGUGGGGGCUUUUCUUCUUGUUCUGUGGCUUGUCUUAUAAUUUGUAACUCCCAAUUCCACAAAUCAGAGUUCAUUAGCACUAAUCCGAUCGUCAAUAAUCCAUAUUUGAAUUCAACCUGAUUGAAAAUAGAUGUUUCAUUGUACAAAUUAUAAAUUUAAAAGCAAGAUGUUUUU